CCAUCAUUUCGAGUCCCACUCACCUUCACCUACUCCUCCCUCACUAUCAUGCCUCACCACCACAAAGACCUUUCUGAUGCUCACGAUGAGGUUGUUAAUGCACCCCACAAGGCGCAGCUCUCUCAUGAGCUGAUCGCUGGUGCAGCUUCUUUCGCAGCAAUGAAAGCCUACAAUGCCCACUGCGAGAAGAACGGCAAGCCCGUAAACCACGAGAUGGCCAAGGAGCUCUUGGCUGGUUUUGCCGGAGCUUUCGUCGACCGUAUGGUCGAGACUAAGGGCUUGGACUUCGUUGACAAGCAGAAGGCCAAGCAUGCAGCCAAAGAUACUGCCUUCGAAAGGACUAAAUAUUGAUCGCCAGCAGUGUCUCAUGCAACCUAAUACCCUACCAUUACCAUCCAUGAAACAAUUGUAACAAUAAUAUAUGCCCAAGCGCUUUAUGAUAUGCAUCCAUGUUUCGACAACGCGAA